GUACAAUUGUGCGAGAUGGUGCAGCCAGGAACAAAUGCCGAGCAGGCGGGGAAUGAUGAAUAGGUGCCAUUCAUUACAUUAUCAAGUCAUGAAUAUGGGAGAUUGCGUCUUAUUAGCUUGGUUUACACAACAUUCGGUUUUGUUGUUUAAAUACGAGUCCACUCGCUCUUCUCGCCGAUCAGGUCAAAUGUUAUAAUAAUCUUGGUUUCUUCUGCAUCGACUGGCGCCGGUUUGCAUACGACCACCAACCGGGUCGUGGAAAAUAUAUAUAUACAUAUAUAUACAUAUAUACAUUACAUAGACUGGAAGAAAAGGCAUAAAAUAGCAAUGGCUUCACCUCAACCCCCCUACCCUCUCCACCCCUCCGUCGCAGCGCGCGUCCACCCCGAAUACGCAGCCUUCUACAACAAAUACAUCAUCGACAAACAACAAGUGCACCUCCAACCAGUCUCAGCCUCACGCGUAGGCGGCGUGAUCAUCCCCGGGGGUGGUCCCUUGUUGCCCGUUGGCAAAACAGAAGACCAUCUUAUCCCGCGCACCGAAACUGGCGGCACUGACCCCGUUCCUGUACGAGUCUUCACGCCUGCUGGCACGCCUCCGCAGCAAGGAUGGGGUGUGUUUUUGUAUUUCCACGGCGGGGGCUGGGUGCUUGGGAAUAUUGAUACGGAGAAUACGGUUUGUACGAACAUUUGCAAUAGGGCUGGGGUGGUGGUUGUUAGUGUUGAUUAUCGGCUGGCACCCGAGAAUCCCUUCCCUGCGGCAGUCCAUGAUUGCUGGGAGGCGCUGCUAUGGCUGCACACGCCAUCCACAAUAUCGCUCCUGAACAUCAACACGCGGGCGCUCUCGAUCAGCGGUAGCUCGGCCGGGGGCAACCUGGCAGCAACACUAACGCACAAAGCGGUCCUCGAGAAGGCGUCUCUAAUCCACAUAAGCAAACAAAUCCUGAUCGUCCCCGUGACUGACAACACAGCGACUGUCGCGUCAAACUGGUCGUGGAAGGAAUUCGAAUUCACGCCGGCGCUGCCCGCCCCGAAAAUGCUGUGGUACCGAAAUCACUACCUCCCCGACAGCACAGAGUGGACGAAUCCAGAGGCCUCGCCGUUGUUGUAUUCGAAUGAAGACGGGCAUUGGAGGGACUUGCCCCCCGCGGUGGUGAUUGUCGGAGAGUUGGAUGUGUUGAGGGGCGAAGGCGAGGCGUAUGCGAAGAAGUUGCAGGAGAAUGGGGUGAAGGCGGAGCUGCAUGUGAUGAAGGGCAUGCCACAUCCGUUCUUGGCUAUGGAUGGCGUUUUGCAGGCCGGUAAGGAUGCGAUUACGUACAUUGUUGAGGGGGUGAAGAGUAUAAAUUAGUGGGAGGGGUGGGUUGUAUUUGUACAUAGGAUAGUAUAUGUAUGAAGAUUACUGGAGUGUGGAUAGACUGAAAGAGG